GCACUGCAGACGCCCUGAUUGACCUCGGUAAUAGGCUUUACAAGCUACCUUGAAAGUGUCACUUUGUUUGGUGGUGAAACUUUGCUUUGGCUUUACUAUACUUGAUUUGGAUGUGAAGAGUAGCAGUAGGUGUGGUGCGACGGUCCGUCCGUUGCAUUCGGGGUGGCUCUCUUGAACCUAAUUAUCUGCACCUAAACUUGUCCACAUUCAGUGAUUCCGGCGGAUGCACGCUAGAUGUAUCAGAAUAUCUCUUCGUUACGAGAGGUAUUCUUUCACCGUUGCUAGGCCAAGAGAAACAAUUGCAUAGACCGGCUGCGAGAGUGAGCUGGAAGAAGAGCUCGACGAGCCAAAAGGGAGAAGGACGUUAAUCCCCGAGAGAGGAAUCCAGAAGGGGGGAUAUUAAAAGAAUCGAAGCUGUCCGGUGCCAAAGGUAUACAAUAAAGCUCGCACAAUUGUGUUUUGCUCGCGCGAAGUUCCAGGGCGGAUAGAAUCCAAAGUAUUCGUGCAAAGACAAAAAGCAUAUACAUCAUUUGUCAGCGGUGGAGAUGUGUUUAGCAGAUGUGAGAGCAGAGACCCCAGAGGACGCGCGUGGUGAUAGACUCUGCGUGCGUCUGCAUUUUUGCACGGAAAAGCAUGACAAGUGAGCCUCCGGGUGCGACCAUUCGCAGCAACACGAGGCUGAGAUUCUGCCAUUUUAUGCGCGUGGAGGGGAGAUACUCUGCCUCAUGUCUGGGCCAGGCGGACCAUAAAUCUGGAGAUCAGACGACUGGGCGUGAAUUGAGUGGACGUGGUGUGGAUAAAGGGAAUGAAACGUGUUUCUGAGAGGGACUGCGCUGGGAUGACGGAUGAGAGAUGUUGCAGAGGAGGAAUGCAAGGGAAAUGGCGGGUGACCGAAAGAGGGAGUGGCAAUGGGUCUGGCUGAGCAAGCAACGACGCUGACGGGUGACUGCUACUUUGCUUGGUGUUUCCUUUAAUUGUCACAUUAGUUUGAUACUCACGCUCUCAGUCGACUCUCUUAUUGUCCGUGCUGCUUCAUUACCACCCGAUCCGCAAACAUUUCUCUUGCGCUCGCACCAACGAAGAGCCAUGUGUCCAGAAGCAUCUUCAACCCUUUCAGAGCAAAAAGACAAAAGCAACGGGAGAGCGCGGCUUCUCUUCGCCCUUUCCAUUUCUUUUUCUCGCCCUGCAUGCAUUCGAGACAAAAGGCCGUGGAUACGCGAUUCGACAAUUGGAUGCGCAGGCGCUUGGAGAAGCUCUUGCACCGCCGAAGCGCCUUCCUGCGAUGUCGAUGUCCUUUCUACGUCAGCUCUCCCAGUUCCUGCACCUGCACAUUGCCAGAUCAGGGUCCGUCAAUAGCCCGGCUCGGCAGGAUUCCCUACGCGCCUCGAGAAACGCACAGAAAACUAUAAAGUCCUCCAUUUUUCUGACUAGGAUGGCUCACCACUCCGCAAAGGCCUUUUGUUCCUUGCUCAGCCCUUUGAGCCUCCGACCCACCGCUCCCGUCGUCGUUUGCCUCCGUUGCGAUCGUCUCCAUCUCGAUCCCACUCAACGCCAUCUCCGCCUAUACACUUUGAGUCAAGUCGAACACAAUGGCAGCCGUCGCUUCCUACUAUGCGAAUCCGACCCCGUCGAUGUACCCCCACCAAUAUGCUAAGCCUCGUGGACACCGUGUAUGCGACACCUGCGGUGCCGUCGAGCUAGCUGGUCAACGGUUCCGUAUGUGCGGUGGAUGCAUGAUCACACAGUACUGUUCACAAGACUGCCAAAAGCGUCACUGGCCCGCACACAAGACCCUCUGCCAGCAUACUUCGGGAAUGCUCGAGUCCGCGAAGCACGAUACAGUAGCGAAUGCGUACUCCGAGGAGAAUAUCGCGAAGAACUUGCGCAAGUUCGUCUCCGCGCACCAGAUGCUUCUUAGCUGGUCCGCGUUUCAAGCUCUCCAGCUCCGUCGUGUACCCGCGAACAUCCGUUCCCUCGCACUUCACAUUGACCUUCAGUAUCGGAACCAUGCCGAUCCCGCCCGGAGAUUCGUUAUUUCUUCUGCACGUCUUGUCCAACGAUCGCUUGUCGAGUCUUAUGACCCACUCGUCGCGCAGGACAUCCAGCGACGUGAAGAGCGUUGCCGUCGGUCCGGUGGCAUCGGCGCAGCAGUCAUCCUUAUCCAAUGCGGAGGAAUGAGCCAAGUGAUGCCCGUUGAAUGCGAUUCUCCGAGCCGUGUUCCCUGGGAUGCGCGUGAGGACUGGGCCGAGAUCCUAGCAAAAUACACUGAAGCAGGGCGAGUUGACUUUCAACCGAUCACCACCACUUCCCGAGGGGUGAUCUACGGAUGAAUAAGCGGCGCCAUCAUCAUUCUGAAUCUCAUUCCGUUUUCCGGAUAGAGUAUCCCUUGGCAUUGUAUCAUUCACAUAUCACGUUUCUCAUUCUCAUUCUUCUUUCUUGCAUCUUCGUUCAGAGCGCGAUGCACCGGCUUUGCACGCGCCUUUCUUUCUACAUGACUCCGCCGUUUUUAUGACUACUUCGUUUCGGUACGACUCGCCAACCUAUCCCAGUUAUCGCUGCAUAUUUUAUUACCCUUCGGCAACUCACUUAUGAUGAUCAUCUUGUAAUACCGUGUCUCCGACUCUCCGAAUGAACUCGCAUAUCAACUUCGUUCCCGUAUUCGUCGCAUUUUCUCUUAUUUCCUUUUUCUUUCUUGAUCUCAUUUUCCCCCUGUGUUAUGUGUUGUUAUCUACGAUGCUACGUUUUCUUGUAUACCAUCCGACAAUA